AUUUAACUCCUAGUAUACUGGUAACAAACCUUGACAGCAGUAACAGGAACGAUGAUUUAGAUUUAGAUUCACCGUGUACGCCACCACCAAUAACACAUCCUGAGGUAGCAUUUGAUGUGUCAACUAUAGUUCCAGAUUUUUUGUUUCUUGGACCUGAAAUAACUAAAGAAGAGGAGGUUGAAGAGUUGGAGAUUAGCGUUAAAGAUUUGGUCGAAGAAGAUGUAGAAAAUGGUUUAAAAUUGGCUGUUGAUUUUAUAGACCAAGCAUAUAAUGAUAAUACACCGAUAUACGUACAUUGUAAAGCAGGGAAAUCAAGAUCAGUAACUGCAGUAUUGGCUUAUUUAAUCAAGUCACGCCAUUGGACACUUCGACAUGCGUAUGAUUAUGUGAUGGCAAGAAGAAGUGGUAUCUUUAAAGGGUUUGCGGGAGUUGUGGAAUCUACAAGAUGCAUUGUUGAAAAUAUGUCAGCAAAUAGACCUUCUCGUCACCAUGGCUUUCGUAAUCACACUGCUGCUGAUCAAGAUCGUUUAAAACGUGCCUUAUUACAACCAGUUCAAGCUUGGUAA